AUGAUAAGAAUGUUUCUUUUCUUGUUCCUGUUAAACGCUGUUUGUGCUGUGAACGAAAUUCAUCGGAACUGCAGAGACAGAGAUCGCCUAAUCGAAAACCAAAAAGGCGAUCUCUACACUUUAGUUGAUGCUACGCAUGGCCAAAAAUUAACUUUGCAAUGUCAUUACUGCGAUGAAAAUGACGAUGGAAGACCCAAAGUCUGGUACAAAGUUGACGAUAUCGGGAACCCAGAACCCCACGAAGUUAUUUUAGACAUGAAUAAUAACUCCACAGAAAACAGAGUCGAAGUAAAUAUCGAACACAGUUUGACUGUUAACAACUUUAGUAAAAAUGACACGGGGCUGUAUUACUGUCAAUACUACGAAGGAGAGGAAAGUGAAAAAUAUAACUACUUGGUUGAUCUUGUCUACAAUGAAGAUAAUGUUACCAACAUGGAAACGGGGAAUUUUUCAGGGUGGAGAAAGUAUUAUGAAGUUUAUUUUGUACCAGUUAAUUCUUUAUUUUCUCAUUCUGAAGGGACAGAAUUUAAAAAUGUUCGUGAGGAAAUGAAAAUUGAAAUGGAAAUUGUGACCCAGUGGGGUCCUUGGGGCAUUUGUGAGGUUUGCGGAAGACCCAAGAACGAGGGCGUUAGGAAAAAAACAGGGUUUUGCCGAAUAAAAAUGACACAUAAGUCAUCGUCUUCGAGUCAGAAUUCAGACGAAAGAUUCCUGAAAAAUGCAAACGAAAUCGCUUGCCGCUCCCAAAUUUUAGGCCGACUGUUCCCAGGAAUUAGUAAUUUAACCCGAAUCAUCCCAAACUUCAUCCAGAUCCAAUCUUGCGACGGAACGUGUAAUCCUGAUGCUGAAGGCCUCAACAAAGGCUGGAAAACCGGGAAAACGGCCGCAUUUAAGUAUCGCAAAACGUUUGUCUUGGCGGAAAAGUCACACUUAACUUUGGUUUGUCCAGAAUCCACUCUCGAGAAUAAAGUUAUUUGGAAGAAAAACGGAAAAGUCCUAGAAGCAGGAGAGAGCGUAGUUCCGCCUAAUGGCGAAGAUGAACCCAGAAUUAUAGUAGACACUUUUAACACUUUGUAUUUAGUGGGUGUCGAAGAAUCCGAAGAAGGAAAUUACACGUGUCAAGUCGACGACAUCCGCAUGCAACAAAUCAUUGUUUACGUCAUCUCCAAGUCCAGACUUCUAACACAAGCAUUCGUCCGUCACAUGAUGUACUUAGGUUUAGUCUUGUCGUUAACCUUACCAUGCUAUUGUGCCGGACUUGUUAUUGCCUGCAGCAGAAAACGCUACUUCAAAGACUACCAAAAACUUAAAGAAGAAGACGCAGAGAGCCGCGGUCACCGAUGGAUGAAAUUUGUAUAA